UGAAACUAAAGGUGGAGUCUCCUCCUCUCUGGAGGCCGCGCCCAUCACACAGCAGCUCACACCGUCUCUAACAGGAAGAAACACCGGAUUAAAACAGCCAUAAGCGGUGAAUGAACGGCAGCUUUCCAGAGGAUUUUACCCGGGUUUCCCUCUCUCUCUCGUGUAUGCUGCUGUCUGGACGGUGACCAGUCAACAUGUUGAUUAAAGAGUUCCAAAUCGUCCUGCCCAUUUCAGUGGAGGAGUACCAAGUGGGUCAGCUGUAUACAGUAGCAGAGGCCAGCAAGAAUGAGACGGGUGGAGGAGAAGGCGUGGAGGUGUUGGUCAACGAGCCCUAUGAGAACGAUGAUGGAGAGAAGGGACAGUACACCCACAAGAUCUACCACCUGAAGAGUAAAGUGCCACGAAUUAUCGCUAGGCUCGCGCCGAAAGGUUCUCUCGAGGUUCACGAGAAGGCCUGGAAUGCAUAUCCUUACUGUAAAACCGUCAUUACGAAUGUCUACAUGAAAGAAAAGUUCUCUAUUACGAUUGAGACGUGGCACAAGCCUGACAUGGGGCAGGAGGAUAAUGUACACGGACUGGAGGGUAUAAAAUUGGAGAAAAGGGAAGUAAUUCCCAUUGACAUUGCUGACAAUAAAGGCAUAAGUCCAAAGGAUUACAAGGAGGAUCAAGAUCCAACCAUCUUUAAGUCAGAGAAGACAGGUAGAGGGCCUCUGGGACCUCAGUGGCAGGGAGAACUCGCUGACAACCCCAACUGUCCACACAUGUGUGCCUACAAGCUAGUCAGUGUUGAUUUCGUCUGGUUUGGAUUACAGAACACUGUGGAGAGUAUCAUUCAGAAGAUGGAGAGGCGUAUAUUCACCCACUUCCACAGACAGCUGUUCUGCUGGAUUGACAAAUGGCACGGUCUGACGAUGGAGGACAUACGACGCAUGGAGGACGAGACAAAGAAGGAGCUGGAUGAGAUGAGGCUCAAUGAUCAAAUUAAAGGCAUGAGUGUUGAAGGCUAACACAAUCACUCUGAUACGGGAGGGUUCGACUCCAUUUAGCAAGCUCAGACUCCUCUCCUUGGACACUGGACCUAGAACAGCCUGAUAGGCAUAAUCAAGAACACCACACUUACAUUCAAAUAAAAUUUGCUCUUAAUAAGAGCUCAUUAUUGUAAAGCAAUUUUGUGUAUUUAUGUACUACAUUUGAAUACAAUUACAGCAUAUUUUAGUUUUUUUUUUUUUUUUAAGGGGCAAGUUUGGGGAUCCGUUUUGAGGGUGAAGCGUUCUUGCUUACGCCUAAUUGGUCCUCUUACAUUUUAAAACAUUAGGGAAAAGGUGCGGGUUCUCUCUGAGGAAACAUUUCUGAUUACUGUUAUCCUUUUUUAAUUGCAGUUAUUUGGGUUUUGUUCUUUUUCUUUAUUUUGUAUUUUCCAGUUCUCUGUGAUUUGUUUGGUUUUUAUUUAUUGUUUAAAAUUGUGCCUCAUGACUACAUCCACAAAAGCUCUGGUUACCAGGAUCAAUUGCUUUUGAAAAAAAAAAAAAAAAUCUGUUAAUUUCCUGAUCUCACAAGUGCACUUAUUGCUCUGUUUUGUUAAACUGAAAAUUCUUCCACCCUCAAGUAAUUUGAUUCAUCAUAACAUGGUGGCUGGAGGCCACAUAAAACCUAUUACAUGUGAGGUAUUUACUUUGAAAAGACUCCCAUCAGAGACAUUUAAUCUUAUUGAACAUAGUAAAUGCUGGUCUAACUACACCUGGUGUUUGUCAGGUGGUCGGUUUAGCUUCAUACAAAGAUGCCAGCGGCUGUAAUUCUAGCUUUGGGUUGAAGUUUUCAGUGUUGGUGAUGAUGAUAAUAAUAAUAAUAUGAUGAUGAUGAUGAUGAUGAUGAUGAUAACAAUGACGCAUGAAGCAGUUCUGUUUUGGAUUCCAAACUUGGCCGACAUCAUUGUAAAUCUUGUCCUGUGCUGAAUGAAAUAUCCUGGAUUUUAAUGUUAUGAGUUAUAUGAUUGUGUAGUAUAUUAAAGACACUGUAAAUGUU